GGACACUGAUGUCUGAAGCGGGUCCAUCAUGAUGAAGCAGACUGUGUGGUGCCAGACGCCCUCCUUUGGGACGGUGCGGGUCAAACCCAACAGGAGAGGCUCUCCCCAGGCCCGCAGAGGCCUCCACCUCAAACGGCCCAAUGUGGAGGAUGCUCAGGGUCCAAAGGAAAAGAACCGGCCCAGCCACAGAAAUGACAGAUAUUUGGUCAAAGUGGUCCCAUCCCCAACGAUCAUCAUCCAACGCCAAGAAAUGGCAUCAUAUUUUACGCUAUUUGAUGAUGACUUGAUUCAGGAUUUUUUGUGGAUGGACUGUUGCUGUAAAAUGACAGACAAGUACCUUCUAGCAAUGGUGUUUGUGUAUUUCAAAAGAGCGCACUUCUGUCUGGCUGAAUACACCAGAAAGAAUUUCUUCAUGGCUCUGUAUCUUGCUAACACAAUGGAGGAGGAUGAAGAGGAGAAUAAAUAUGAGAUUUUUCCUUGGGCUCUAGGCAAGAACUGGAGGAAACAUUUCCCUCUCUUUUUGAAGCAGCGAGACAAGCUUUGGGCUCGUAUUGAGUACCGUGCUGCUGUCAGCAGGCGCUGCUGUGAAGAGGUGAUGGCCAUUGUGCCCUGUCACUUUGUGUGGCAGAGAGAGCGCUCAGAACAUCACAGCGGUGCACAAAGGCAGUACGUCCACAGAGAGCACACUUCUGUCCCUCGUGGGCCCACCUCCUCUCCAGUCUCCUGUGCUUUAUGUAGCCGCAGCUCCAAACUGGACCAGAGCUUUAGUCUGAUCUCCUCACAAAAACAUUCCUCAAUCCAAGCAACAAACCUGCUCAGUCUGCUCCCUGCGGUUCCCUCAAUGAGGCUGGAGAAGACACCCCCUCGGAUAACCACCUUUCAGCAGACACUGGACUCUCCAAUUAAGGAUGAGUUGUCCUGUGGAUCCUUAUACGACUCCUCCAUGGAUUGGAUUUGUGAGGUCUAACAUCAUCUCAAGUCUAAUGGAGCAGUUUUACAUUUUCUAAAAAGAUCUGUAUGUAAUUAAUGUAAGCAAUCCCAUUUUAAGUAUUACAAACUGUAAUGAUAACUUAUACAGACACUGUCACUCUGGGGUGCACAUGACACUCCCUUGGUUCUGUUUAUUUGUAACAGUUCGUUCAUUAAUUUAUUUAUUUAUUUAUUUAUGCACUUUUUCUACUGCCACUGUUUCAAACAACAAGAGAAAAGACUGUCAAGAAAAUAUUCUUUUCUAAAUAAAAUAAAAUCACAUGCAGUAAUC